AACCUGCAACACAACCUCACCGUACAGUACAACAUCACAUAGUUGUGAAACUAAAAGCAAAAAACAUUUGGGUCGUGUUUUGCGGCAAUAUUUGUCACAAAAACUAGAAAAUAAUCAUGGCUGAAGCGGACUGGGAUGAAGUUAAAUACAUUGGAAGAAGACAGCCAAAAAGUGGAACCCUUAAAACACCACAGGCCCUCAGUGCAGCUCAAAGGCAAGGUGUUGCUAUAGAUACAGAGAAAAAAUUUGCUGGGGGUCAGAACAAGCAGCAUUCUGCGGCCAAGAACACAGCCAAGCUGGACCGGGAGACAGAGGAGCUCCAUCAUGAGCACGUCCCUCUAGACCUUGCCAAACUCAUACAGCAGGCGCGUCAAGCUAAGGGAUGGACUCAGAAAGAGCUCGCCACUAAAAUCUGUGAGAAGCCCCAAGUUGUGAAUGAGUAUGAGGCGGGAAAGGCUAUCCCAAACCAGCAGAUCAUAUCCAAACUGGAACGCAACCUCGGCGUCAAACUGAGAGGAAAGGAUAAGGGACAACCCCUCGAAGGCCGCAAAGAGAAAUAAUCUGCUGCAUUGGUUGCAUAACACACGCUAGUUAACAUGGAAACCAAUUGUCAGGGCUCCAUGGAAACAAGAGCUUCUAUCACUCACAUGCGCCUAAAAAUGGAAGAGAAACAUCCUCAAUAUUUUCUUUUUUGAAUGUGUUCAAAAUUGUUUUAAUCUUGUGUACGUCUGUUUAUUUGGUUUGUGUUUUGCAGUUUUAAGUGUUUUUCUUUUCGGAUGAAUUUAAGGCUGAUAAUUUGUGGAGAAAGCUGGAACAAAAUAUAUAGCGAUUUACUGUUAUAAUUUGUCAGUGAAAAACAAGCAUUUUCUAGUAACAUGUAACAUUCAAGAUUGCUCUGCAUUAUUAAUUUAUUAUGCAAGUGUAAAUUGCUUGGUGAAGAUUGUAAGAUUUUGUUGAUAUUACUAGGAAUAUGGUUCACGAUAUAUCGCAUGGUACUUGGGCAUACACGUAUUUUAUACUUUACCAUUUGGAAUGUUUGUUGGCAUUUCAUGCAUUAAAGGUGUCUGUAAUUUAGCUGAUGCAGCAGAUAUACAAUAAAUCAGUUUUAUUUA